AUACCGAAGGCAACCCGAAAGCCCUAUAAAUAAGGCAGUUUCCCCCCUCUUGCUUCGGCUGUUUUGAUAUAUUUGGGAUAAAAAAUAAACUAAAAUAUGGAAUCGUUCUUUCAAGGGCGAUCGGCGACUCGAUCAUCGUGGAACUACGAAUCGCUGAAGAAUUUCAGGCAGAUCUCGCCGAGGGUUCAGAAUCAUCUCAAACUGGUUUAUCUGACAUUAUGCUGUGCCCUUGGAGCUUCUGCUGUGGGAGUCUACCUGCAUAUCUUGAUGAAUAUUGGUGGUUUCUUGACUUUCCUCGGAUGCAGUGUUGGCAUUAUAUGGUUAUGCACAACUCCUCCUUAUAAUGAGAGGAAGAGAUUUGGUGUCUUGAUGGCGACUGCUCUUCUUGAAGGGGCUACUCUUGGUCCUCUGAUCCAGCUUGUUCUUGACUUUGAGCCAAGCAUACUAGUGUCUGCCUUUGUGGGAACAGCUCUGGCCUUUGGUUGUUUCUCGGGAGCAGCCAUUAUAGCGAAGAGGAGGGAAUUCUUGUACUUGGGAGGUCUCCUGUCUUCUGGCCUAGCUAUCCUCUUCUGGCUUAGGUUUGCUUCUGCCAUCUUUGGUCAAGCCACUGCAAUGUUCAAUGUUGAGCUUUACUUUGGGCUGCUGUUGUUUCUUGGGUAUGUGGUAUUUGACACUCAAGAGAUCAUUGAGAGGGCUCACCUUGGGGAUUUGGACUACGUGAAGCAUGCUCUGACUUUGUUUACCGACUUUGUUGCCAUCGUAGUACGGAUUCUCAUCAUCAUGAUGAAGAAUGCAUCUGAGAAAUCUGACGAUGAGAAGAAAAGGAAAAGGAGGUCCUAAAGCUUCUUUGUGCGCGUUAGUAGUUUGUUUGUUUCCGUAACUGUGUUGGUUUACAAUGAUGGAAGCUAAGUUGAUCAUGUAAAAAGAUAUAUAAGAAGUUUCUUUUUGUCUCUCUUACUUUAUAGUUCAAGAAACUUGUAUAUGUUUGUGUUUUAAUGCUUGGUUGCCUGUAGUGAGCAGUGAAUGGGUUCCGUCGAUGGUGUUUCUUAUGUGACGUGUAAGUUAUGAUCUGUGAACUAUUUUGCAUAAAACCUCCUGCAAUUGUAUUCUUUUCAUGUUGAUUUUACUUAUAUAA